AUUCGACAUCGAUUGUAUUUUUCAUUUUUUUUUCUCGGGUUUCUUAAAAUCGAAAUUGACAUACCUUUCUUCGCUCGUUUUAAAGUCAAUAAAAUCCGGGAAAAUGAGCAGAUGUUUCUGUAUGAAACCCUAAAUAAAACCUAUUUCUAUCAUUAUUGUAAGGUGUUCACUGCUUAAAACUUAAUUCGUUGAUUUUGUUAAAAUUACCUUUCAAAUUUUGAAGUCUGUUUUGUUUCAUUAAUUUCUUUUAACAGAUGCAUCUAAUAGAUAUAAAUUAUACCGAUUUGAAUUUAUUUCAAACCUCUUUUCUUUAUCACGAACACUCCCAUUAAGGACGGAAAAAAUCUUAAAAUUUGUAAUUACUGGCAUUACGCCAUCUGAAGCCUAAUUAAUAAGAAAAAGAAUGAAAGGCCUCAUUCCGACAUUAAUGCUUAGAUCCUAUACGUUUACCAGAGCACUUCUAGUUACUAGUCAACUUUUGUCAGGGAUAUAUAUUUUCUGAAAGGGAACAUUUAAAAAAAUUACAGAAAAAAUCUUCCGAUUUCACGAUUCUUUUAUUUUAUUCUCUUUUAAUAGUUAUUUAUUUGAAAUAUAUACCCCUGAUAUUUUCAAAAAUUAUAUCCGGGUCAUUUCUUUUAUUGAUACUCAAACCUUCUCCGUGCCAUAACCAAACCUUGGCUCUGUGCUCCUUGAACCUGUAGGAUAUAUUCAGAAGAAUGGAUGGGGUGACACGAGGAGAGGUUCUGGGUCUGGUUGUCAGACUGGCAGCGGUCACCACGCUCAGCUACUUUACCAUGAAGAUUCUAGUAGAUGCCUUGGAUCCAACAAAGAAGCAGAAAAUUGCGGCCCAGAAACGAGCCCAACAAAUCCUCUCUAGUCUCGGCAUUCCCAGCGAUAUCAAUCUAACAGAAUACGAGUUGUUAAUCGCGAGUCAGCUCGUCGAUCCGUCGACGAUAACUGUCGGUUUCGAAGAUAUCGCCGGUUUAGAGCAGAUCGUUACCGAGCUCCGACAAACUGUGAUUCUACCGAUCCAGAAACGGGAUCUGUUCUGUAGUUCUGCUCUGAUGUCUGCUCCCAAAGGUGUACUGCUCCAUGGUCCGCCAGGAUGUGGGAAAACAAUGAUUGCAAAAGCAACGGCACGUGAGGCUGGUGCCAGAUUUCUGAACCUGGAUAUAUCCUCUCUCACGGAUAAAUGGUACGGAGAAUCACAAAAACUGGCCGGAGCUGUAUUCACCUUGGCAACCAAAAUCCAACCUUGUAUAAUAUUUAUUGACGAAAUCGACAGUUUACUCCGGGUUCGGGACCAGCAUGAUCAUGAAGCAACAGCUAUGAUUAAAGCACAGUUUAUGCAGCUGUGGGACGGAUUAACAACAGACAACAGCUGUACAGUUCUCGUGAUGGGAGCAACCAACCGACCUAAUGAUGUCGAUAAAGCAAUUUUAAGACGUAUGCCUGCAACUUUCCGAGUAGGAUUACCAUCUGCCGAGCAGAGAAGAUCGAUCCUAACCACAGUUCUCAGGAUGGAAGUUAUAUCAGACUGUGUAGACACCUGGAGACUAGCAAAACUAACUGAAGGUUUCUCCGGGUCUGAUCUAAGAGAGCUGUGUCGGUCAGCAGCUGUGUGUCGGGUAUAUCAGCUGAAAGAGGAUCAAGAAAAACUGGAUCCAAUUAAUAUGGAGGAUUUGCUUACUGCACUUGCGAAAAUGCGCGAAUCCAAAAUAGAAUGUGGCGGCAGUAUACCUAGACCCCCAGAUCUAGAUUGAAAUUAAAAUAAAUAUCGUAAUUUGUGAUAAUUGUUAUUUUUUUGCAUAGAAUGUUAUAUAUAUACUGUUUCAGUUUAACUACGUGAAAUUUUAUUGAGUUUUUAGAUUUUUUUCGCUAUGCAAUAAAUUUACAUGCUAAAUUA